AUGUCCAAAUCACCCGUAGACCCUCUGUCUGCUGUGGAAACCGGCUCCCAGUCGCAUUAUUUUCAGAUGCCCAGGAAGUUGCCUAAACGCAAGAGCCGCUUCAAACGCUCAGAUGGCAGCACGUCUUCCGACACAACAUCCAGCUUCAUCAAACGGCAGGGCUCAGCUGAUUCGUAUACCAGUAGACCGUCGGAUUCAGACCUGUCAGCCGAGGAGGACCGCGAGGCGUAUCGGCGUGAAGCCGAGCGCCAGGCUCAGCAGCAGCUGGACAGAGCUAAGUCCAAACCUGUAGCAUUUGCAGUGAAGACCAAUGUGAGUUACUGUGGAGCUCUGGAUGAGGACUGUCCUGUCCAAGGAGCUGCUGUCAAUUUUGAUGCCAAAGACUUCCUGCACAUCAAAGAAAAGUACAACAAUGACUGGUGGAUCGGCCGGUUAGUAAAAGAGGGAGCGGACAUCACCUUCAUCCCCAGCCCUCUUCGACUAGAGGCAAUGAGACUCAAACAAGAGCAGAAGCAGAGGAAAACGGGAGGUAACUCCUCCAGUUUAGGUGACAUGGUGACAGGGAGCUGGAGGACCACGCCGCCAUCUGCAGCUAAACAGAAGCAAAAGCAGGAGCAUGUCCCGCCCUAUGAUGUGGUGCCCUCCAUGAGGCCAGUGGUCCUCGUGGGGCCAUCGCUGAAGGGCUAUGAGGUGACAGACAUGAUGCAGAAAGCCCUAUUUGACUUCCUAAAACACAGAUUUGAGGGAAGAAUCUCAAUCACCCGUGUAACUGCCGACCUGUCCUUAGCCAAAAGAUCGGUCCUCAACAAAAGACCCUUAAUGGAGAGGUCUAACACCCGUUCCAGCCUUGCCGAGGUGCAGAGUGAGAUCGAGAGGAUAUUUGAGCUCGCCAAAACCCUUCAGCUGGUGGUUUUGGACGCGGACACCAUCAACCACCCCUCGCAGCUGGCCAAAACCUCCCUCGCCCCCAUCGUUGUCUACGUCAAGGUUUCCUCACCAAAGGUGCUGCAGAGGCUGGUCAAAUCCAGGGGGAAGUCUCAGAGCAAACACCUGAACGUGCAGAUGAUGGCUUCAGACAAACUCUCUCAGUGCCCCCCGGAAAUGUUUGAUGUCAUUUUGGAUGAGAACCAGCUGGAAGAUGCUUGUGAGCAUUUGGCCGAAUACCUGGAGGUCUACUGGCGAGCCACUCACCUCCCUGGCAACACCCCUCUGAACCCGUUACUGGGUCCCAGUCUGAUGACCCCACCCUCUGCCAUCUCCAGCCUACAGAACAAGAACCAGGCGCAACAACAUGAGGCCAUGGGCUUGGAGGGUGACGAGGAGGAGGCUGGCGAGGAGGCCCACUCCCCCUUGGAGCAGGAUAGUCUCAUGCCAUCUGACGAAGCCAGCGACUCCCUUUCUCGUGGGCGCAGGGGAAGCCCGUGUCACCUGGGGGUUGAGGAGGACGAAGAGGAGGAGGAGGAAGAAGAGGAAGAGGAUGAGUUUGCUUCUCCCUGCCAUGCGCGCACAUACAGGGGCAUGUACCCCUCUCACCGAGGGCACACGGACAGCUCCCACAGUACCAACGGGCACGAGUCGCAGGACAGGCUGCUCCAGCGUGAAGCUCAGCAAGGUCACAACCAGAGGAAUAAUCGCCAGCAGAGCCGCCCAUGGCCCCGAGACACCUACUGACCCCCCCCACCCUCCACCAAGCCUCCAGGUCACCAUCAAGGUCCCCUCCAAGCCCUUUGACUCUUCUAGAGUCUCAAGAAACCAUGCAGAGGUGAAUCAGCUCCACACUGUUAAUGUCAGUCACAAACAAACACCCACUUUAUUAGCUAAUUAUACAGUUAUCAGUCUCCCCACAUUCCUGGCUCAGUGACCUGGGGAGGGCCACCUUCCUGAGGUCCAGUCUAUCAGAUUACAGUCAUCAGGGCCGCUCGCCUCUCCAGCAGACAAGUUUCAGGCUGCCAGCUGUAAAACUCAACCUUUAGCUGCUUUGCCUAAUGUCUCUCUCGUAGGAUGUCUCAUAUACUGGCCUUAAAAAUCUGAAGACUUUUAACUAUCUUUACUAUUGCAUGAAUAAUUAUUUUAAGACUAUUUGCACAUGAUGGCUGAACAGGAAGUGAAUGAUCUUUACAGAUAAACUAAUGUAGGAAUGUCCUGUGUUGAACCCUUUUCUGGGUAAUAGUAAUGCAUCUGAUUUUAUUGUAUAUACUGAAUGUGCAUCAGUUUUUCUUUCUUUGCUACUUCCUUUGUUCUGGACUCUAUGGACUCGUUUGUUGCAAUCCAUGUAUUCACUGAACGCCGAUUUGGGAGAGACGUAGCGUUUGUGAACAGUCACAUCUGAAGUGAGGCUGCGGUAGAGCGUGGGCACCACCUUCCAGUCCGGUCAGGUCAUCACUCCGACACCUCUAAAACUCACACAGAAUGUAAACGCAGCCGUGAAAGGGAACGCACUGCACAUGUUUACAUGAAGCUCCUCAUAUAUGUCAAGCACAUGCUGCAGAGCUGCAGCUCCUCUUCCAAUCAAUGCUCCACAGAAUGUAAGCUUGCAUGCCUUUUGCACUUCAAGCACCAACCCGGUGCCUCCAGCCCAGCCCAUCACCCCAUAAUUCGAUUGUAGCACGUUACUGAUUGUAGCAUCCACAGUCCCCACUCUGAUGGCGCCCCCUGAGGGCUUAAACGCCACAUCGCGUUCGUGCACUGCUGCUUUUCUCAAAGGCCCAUCCUCAGGGGUGAAGCCUCCCACUCUGGUUUUGGCUCUGGAAGGACUCGUAGCACCCGUGACACAAAAGUCAUCCCGUAUUUUUUUCCCGCUCCAUCUCUCGUCCACGAGCCGAUGGCGAGUUUGGCGUGACGCAGGCAAGUGGCGACCCGUCUCCGUUUUUGGCACACAGGGUCAGUCUUUACUGGUUUACUGCUUUUCCAUGUCUCGCAAGUAUUUAUCUAGUAUUCUGUAUAUUUUUAAGAGACAAAUAACAAAAAAAUCAGCAUGGUUUAAAAAAAAAAGAAAAGAAAGAAAGGGGAAAAAAAGAAAAAAAUCUAUGCAAGUACUGCAUGAAAACUGAUUGUUUCUUUUUACAGCUCAGUAUUUCAGUAAUGCGUUGGUUCUGACUCUCCUCGUUGUCUUGUAGGGAUAGUAUUGUCUUUGGGGCUGCUCACCGCCAACAACUUGAUCUUUGAAAAUGGGUUUCCCUCCCCACACACCUCUGUACUGAGGACAUUCUUCCACAGCGCACUUUUAGAGGCAACUCACUGAAAAACAGUCCCAAAUAAAAACUGACAUAUACACACACACAUAAAAAAAAAUAUAUACAUAGUUUUUAAAUUUAAAUAAAAAGGGAAUGAGUGAAUUAUCAAAGCCCUGCAUGUCUUAGUUUCACUAAUUAGCUACUUUCAUUAUCUUUUGGCAGAGAAUGUUUUUCAAAGUGGACCAAUUUAGCAACUAAGGCAGUUGAGGUUUUCAAUUUAUGAAGCACAAUUUUUACAAGGGUUCUGAUUUCAUUCCCUCUGUCUUAUUCCGUAUGCAAUAUGAAGCCUAACACUGAAAAACUGUAAACGCCUUAGAACAUCUGGACUUCCUCUUUUUGUGAGUAGAAAAGGAAAAAAAAAAAUUGCACUACUUUGUUUUUGGGAUGGUUGCUUUGUGAUGCAAUAACUGCACUAAAUAUAACCACGCUUCCACCGGACUACCACAGCGUGCUGGCACGGCCCGACGUGCAUCCUCCCUCGAUUUGUCAAAGAGACAGAAAAUGUGUUAAAAGUGAGACAUUUCCUGCCUGAUGCUGUAAAGAAUGCUUUCUAUUUGAAAAUACUUACAUUGCUAAGUGAAAUAUGACAAACUAAAUAAACAUGCCAUUUUAUGUACUUUUAA